GUCAUGCGUGCUCCAUCCAAUCAAAGGAGUGGGUCUCGCACUUAUCCCCGCCCCCUGAGAAAACCGCCAUCAUGAAACCAGAAGGAGCUGUCAGAUGAUACGAAGCCCGCUGCUCCAGAACCAGGACAGACUGAGGCCGAUAUGAGCGUGGCGGAGGAAGCGAUGGACAGCUCUGCAGCUGAGGAGGAGGUGGAGGACCAGCAGCAGGAGGAGGUGGAGGAGCAGCAGGAGGAGGAGGAGCAGGAGGAGGAGGUCCAGGCCAGUCCCAACAGAAGCCCCUCCAACAUAUCUGCUGCUGGUGACAUCAUCGAGGGCAAGCGGGCGAAGAAGACGGUCGAGCGGCUCGACUUUCAGGCCCCGAAGCAGAAGGAGAAGCUCAAGAUCGGAGACGGCAGCGGAGACAAAUUGGGAGACAUCCCGCGCACCGGACACCACAUUACCAAGAUGAAGCAGGCCGACCUGAAACCUCUGCACGCCAUCCUGUUCGACAGGCCGGGGAAGAUGGCCUCGCUGAAGAAGAACCUGCGUCUGUUUAACGGGUUUCCUUUCCACGCCGGCAGCGAGCAGCACCUCAAGAAGCGGGAGAAGCUUCUCAAGAACUCUAACUUCACCAACGCCAAGCUGAAGGCGGUGUGCGGCGUGCUGGACCUGGAGAAGAAAGGGACGCACUCGGACCUGGUGGACCGGAUCCUGACCUUCCUCAUCGCGCCGAGGAGCAGCGGCAAGCGUCUCCCCGUGAAGAAGAAGAGGAAGUCCAAGAAGAAGCUGUCGGGCGACGACUCGACGUCCAACGCCAAGAAGAAGAAGAAGAGCCAACCCAAACCCCGGUCCUCCUCCUCCUCCUGCAGCCCCAAGAAGUCCAAGACGGGGAGCAAGUCCAAAGCCAUCGUCAUGGAAACCAGCAGUGACGAGGACGAGAAGGAGGGGGCGGACGCCGGGGACAAACCGUCGGGGGAGGAGCAGGAGGAGUCUCUCAGGUCCAAAUCGGCGCCAUUGAAGAGGUCGAGGACACCAACGAAGAAGACGGGUCCUCCUAAAAAGAAAGCAAAGAAGGCGGCGUUGGACGAGUCUGACGAGACGCCCAAAAAGAAGAAACCCGCCGCCAAAACCAAGAAGGCCGACAGCAGCAGCAGCCGGAGGAACCCGAACGCAACCGCUGUGUCAGCUUGGUUCUGUCGUCUUCCCGCAGACGACUCGGACUCGGACGACGAGCCGCUCAUCAGGUUGACCAUGAAGCCCCCCAGUGAGGAGAAGCUGAAGGAGACGGUGCAGCGCCUCCUGGAGGAGGCCGACCUGAAGGAGAUGACCAUGAAGCAGAUCUGUCAGAAGGUGUCUGACAUGUAUCCAGAAAACGACCUGAGCAGCAAGAAGGAUUACAUCAAACAGACGGUCAAAUCUCUCAUCACAUGAAGAUUUGAAGAACAAAGUUAAACGACUUUUUUUUUUCUCAGUUUGAUCAUUUUUUAUCUCGUGUUUAGAUUUUUCAGAUUUGUCGUCAGUUGUUUUUCUGUGUGAACUUUGUUUCAGAAUGAAGUUUUUCUGCAUUUGUAAAUAUGUUUCUAAAUAGCAAAAGCUCUUUUUGAUUAAUGCUUAUUUUAUUAACUUCAAAAACAUUUCUUUUUGUCUUUAAUUUACAUUUUAAAAUGAACAGUUUACCAACUGGUGAAUAAAGUUGUUUUUUAUAA